GAGAUUUGAAUUUUACUCCACUUUCGCCAAGAUGUUGGUGUUAUUGUGUGUUUUUUUUUGGUUGACCGAUUUAUUGGCCACAGCUUCACCUGCUGGGAGGACGAAUGGAUCUUUUGAGUUGUCGGUCAUACAUUUUAACGACUUUCAUGCAAGAUUCGACCAGAUAAAUGAAAAUGGCGGCUCUUGCAAAAAGGAGAGUGAAUGUGUUGGUGGAUUCUCAAGACUAUACACUCAAAUAAAAAAAAUGCGCGAAGAAAACCCGAAGUCGAUUUUACUGAAUGCGGGAGAUACUUUCCAAGGGACCCUGUGGUAUUCAAUUGGCAGAUGGAACCUUACCCAACAUUUCAUGAAUAAACUCAACAUCGAUGCCGAGGUUUUGGGUAACCACGAUUUUGAUGACGGCAUUGCAGGAGUCGUUCCUUACAUAAAAUCACUGAAUCACCCAGUAGUUGCUUCGAAUAUAGAUGACAGCUUGGAGCCAGAUAUUCAGAGAACUUACACGAAGAGCACAAUUAUUGAAAGAGAUGGAAAGAAAAUUGGAGUUAUUGGCGUAAUCACUUAUUUCUGUGCAGAAAUUUCGCAUACAGAAAAGCUGAAAUUUCUUCCUGUGUCGCCCAGUGUCAAUGAAGAAGCAGAACGUUUAGUCCGAGAAGAAGGAGUUUUCACUAAUAUUGUGUUGUCUCAUGCUGCAUACGAAGUGGAUCAGAUUAUUGCACAAAAUGCAUCAGAAAAAAUCAGUCUUAUCGUUGGAGGACAUUCACAUUCAUAUUUGUAUACUGGAGAAUCAANUACAGUUUUUUUCGAUGAAAACGGAGAACUUAGCGAUUAUUCCGGAGCACCGAUAUAUUUGGAUGGCAGCGUUCCACAAGAUGAAGAAAUCAACAAAGAAUUGCUUCCUUGGAAAAAGAUGGUAGAUGAGCUAGGUGAUAGGGUUGUCGGUUCAAGUUUAGUUGAUUUGAGUAAUGUAGACUGCGACCGGAAAGAAUGUACACUGGGUAACUUCAUAACCGAUGCUACUGUAUAUUCAUUCACCAAAUCGCCUCCACCUGGUGCUUGGACUGAAGUAGCAUUGUCUGUAAUAAAUGCUGGUGGACUUCGGACCAGCAUAGGCAUUGGCAAUAUUACUUAUAGUGAUGUAACAAUUUCGCAACCUUUUUUAAAUACGUUGGAUAUGGGAGAAAUUGAAGGAAGGUAUCUCAAAGAACUACUCGAAUUCAGCAGCGAAGAUCUCAUUCAGGUGUCUGGUAUGAAAGUAGAAAUGAACCUUGAUCGUCCUUUGAACGACAGAGUAGUAUCUGUGAAAGUGCGGUGCCAGAAUUGUACCAUACCGAGAUAUGAAUACCUCGACCUAAACAAAACUUACAGAAUUGCUGUGUGCUCAUUUCUAAGAAAAGGUGGUAAUGGAUUCACGGUGUUAAGCGACAAUUUGAAGAAUGUUCGGGUAGGUCAGCUAGAUAUCGACGCUGUGAUGGACUACUUAGCCCACCGCAGUCCGAUAUACCAAGAAGAAGAAGGAAGACUCGUCCUAUCCGGGGAGAUGAAGAAGAGAAGAAUACAAACUGGUAGUGUGUAGGUACCAGUGAGAGCGAUGAGAGAAAUAUCUAGGUAAUUUUGUACAGAAUCCUUGAUAUUACGUAAAUGAUACCAAACAGUAA